UUUUUGUAGUUUCAGAGUUAUUACACAGACAAGGUUCAAAGUGCAAAUACUCCAAAAUUAGGCAAAGGUUAGUGUAUAGCCGUCCUAGGACAUAUUAUCAAUUAAGAAAUGAAACGCUGGGUAUUAUAUGUGAGCUUCCUUACUGCGCACUUUUUUUAUGGUAUUAUUUGUCAAAGUAUACUUUUAACCCCGACACAAGCCUUUGUUGAUAUAAACGAGACUUUAACAUUUACUUGCACAUACAUCGGAUAUGGUGAAGUCAUUGGUAUAAGAUGGAAUAUAGACAAUACAUAUACACCUAAUAUAGUAAGACAUCAAGAUGGCACUUGCAGUGGUGGUGGACUUUUUGCUGAUAACAACAUUUACAGAGUUGGAUGUCCGUCUGACACAUCGUUUUCCGUAACAAUAUUAUUUGUACAGCUUGAUAAUCACAAUGUGCAGUGGGAAUGCUUUGACCGUGACAGGAAGAGUAAUACUGUUACAAUUUUCGUCAAAGUUCCUGUUGUAAACGUGUCGUUGCACUUGGUUGGACCAAGUUCUAGUUUCAUAAAAGAGCAUUCCCGACAAACAAUCAAGUGUAAGACAUCACCUGGUCGACCACAACCCAAUGCAAGGUGGUUUCUUUAUGAAGCUAACAAUAACGUUAAACAUAAAAUUACUGUCAAUUCAUCAAUACAGAUUAUUUCUAGCGGAGCUGGACUUGUAUCUGUUGAAAGUACCUUACAAUUUUAUCCAAAUAGAUCAAUAAACGAAUGGAUGCUGAAUUGUGAAGCGUGGACAAACAACAAAACACGCGCCCUUCAGAGCAAAGGAUUGACGUUAAAUAUUGCAUACCCUCCGGACAGGCCACCUGUUAUUUCCGGAUUCGAGAACGGCGAAAAGUAUCCACUGAUAGAAUCAGAAAUAGGCAAGUUGUCUUGCACUACACAUGGCGGGAAUCCAUUUGCUACUUUGACAUGGAAGUGCUAUAACAAUGAACCGGAAUCGACAACUAUUGAAGACAAAAACGUUACCAGCACUGUUUCAUGGCCAGGUUUACGUGAUCAAUCAUCUUGUACUUGUAUUUCAAAUCAUUCUUGGUCUGGAACAACACAAACUACGACAAUACAGAUUGAUGUUCUUUACUCUCCAAACAAACCAACAUUAAUAAUCAGCAAUACAGACGUUUCAAAUGUUAUUAACGUUAUACUGAACAACACCGUCCACGUUAAAUGCGAAAGUAAAAGCAAGCCACACCCAACCUACUCAUGGACAGGUCCUGCCGACAUGCAUAAUAUUUAUUAUUAUCAUCCACCUGGGAAGCCUUAUUUCAAAUAUGAAUAUAGCAAUGGCACAAAGGGCAGUACUCAAAACAUGAUAGACGUUAUAACAGGAGACUCGUUUUCAGUGCAUUGUCGUGCAACAGGAAAUCCACAACCUACAAUUAAGUGGGACAGUAAUGAGGGCAACGAUAUUUUAAAGAUACCUUCAAUUACUUACGACACUAGAAAAACAUGCCAUGCAAUGUACACAAUGGAGGAAACAGUCGGUGAACGUCGAACAGGAUCGACAUCUGCGUCAUUUUUCAUCAGGGUUCUUUAUCCGCCACAUAUUCCAAAGUUCACAAUUUCGAACGGAACGAGACAAGUUAACGUCACAACAGCGACUAUACAACUGAAAAAAACAGACAACAUCAAUAUUACCUGUUUUUUCUGA